CGAAAUUAUUCUAAUACAAUUACAUUCAAGUGAAAUAUUCAUAUAUCUGGUACUCAAUUAUGCUCUUUAUUAAACAUCUCUGUUCGUUGCGUCAUCGUCGGAGAGGUGGCAUGGGCACUUUACAGGAUCGCUUCAAAUGCAAUCGACAAUGUUAUAAUAGCCAUGUAAGACACCUGUGCGGUGUGUGCUUACCCCGGCUUAAUCAAGCCUUUCAAGAAAAUGGUGAUGCCAAGAAGAAAGUGCACUUUUUGCAGGCUUACGAGCCCGGCCCUCUCAGCGAAUUCUUCCGCGGCGAUGUCACCUUAGUCGGAUGCGAUCUGGUGCCCGUCUUCGCUCAUCGUUUCAUCAUGAGCCUUUAUAGUCAAAUUGAAAACUCUUCAAUCUUCAGCUGGAAAUCCUGCUAUCGUGGUCGCCGUGUCUCUUGAUGAAUUUGUUACUUUGUUUGUAGGGAAAUCAAUCGAGACUGCUUCUUCUGCAACUUUGAUUUUUCUCUCCUCCACUCUUGUCCCAGUUGUGUACCUGAAACUUUCACUCUCUUCGAUCACCUCAAUAAACUUCGAGUCUCAAGUCGUCCUCUCAAAACUUUUAAACGUAUGAUGAUUCACGUGAAGUACUCCUUCUUUAAUGGUUCGACUUGACCUCAAAAUCUGCACACGAUUACUAGAGUGACCACGACAGUCGCUCCGUAGGAUGAUUUGCAGACAUCAAGGAGGUCCAGUAUAAUGGGUUUUCCUCAUUCGAGUCGCGUACAUAACGAAAUCAAUCCAUCUCCAGACCCAUAAUCCUUCGAGAUUCUUGCACCAUGAAGGUUGCGGCACAUGUUGGCUCUACAACCAAAAUCCUCUGCCAGUUCAUUAGCCGGUUCUUAGACGUAGAGCAACAUCAUUUUGCUCAACUAUCAAUUAUAUUUUGUAGUAAGAUGACAUGUUUUCAACCUACUCAAAUGAUUCUGAAAUGAAAUCUUGACAUUGUUUUCUAGGCAAAAGCUUAUUAUUUUCAA